AUGGCCGCUGGUUCUUGGCUUUCACUCCUCGCUCUGGCUGCAUCAAGUGUUGUUGCCGACUCAACAUGUAGCGCCAUUCGGUCUCUACACCCCAAUCUGCCACUCGAUCUGCCCUCGACAUUAGACUACCUGGAGCACCAGACCGAGUACUGGUCGACCGCAUGCGGAGACCUGAAGCCCACGUGUAUCCUACAGCCUAAGUCGACCGAAGAAGUGGUGUCCAUCGUGAAGGUCCUGUUGCAGAAUAACGACACGUUUGCCGUCAAGUCGGGCGGUCACAACCCCAACAACUACUUCGCAAGCGUUUCGGGGGGCCCAUUAAUUUCAACCAAGAGCCUCAAUGACAUCUCGAUAGACAACACCACAGGGACCGUGAGAGUUGGACCGGGAAAUCGGUGGGAUGAUAUCUCUGGUGCACUCGACGGGACUGGGUACACCGUAGUUGGUGGUCGAAUUGGCAAUGUGGGUGUGGGAGGCUAUCUCCUUGGAGGCGGGCUGAGUUUCAUGAGCACUGAGUACGGCUGGGCGGUCAACAGCAUCCUUGAGUAUACACUCGUUCUCGCCAACGCGACUGUGAUCACGGUAUCAGAGCAAAACCAUCCGGACAUCUUCCUGGCUCUCAAGGGCGGUGGCAAUAUCUAUGGCAUCGUGACAUCCUUCCUACUCCAGGGCUAUCCUCAGGGCGAUGUCUGGGGUGGCAACCUUGUCUUUGACGCAAACGACGACACCACACCGAAGCUGUUGGCUGCUCUUCGCGACUUUACCGAAUAUUACCCAGACGAGAAGGCCGGGAUCAUCAUGACUGCUGAGCGGACUCUAGGCACGCUGCUUGACAUCUGGAUUCUGUUCCUGUACUACAACGGCCCAGAACCGCCGGCCGGUAUUUUCGACAACUUCACAGCCAUUGCGCACACCAUCGAUAGCACCAAAACGCAGAGCAUGAACUCCCUGCUGAGCGGCAACAACUGGGCUGUCCUCAAAGGCAGUGUCUACACCAUUGGGACCGAGACAACCCCCGUGCCGAGCGAAGAGCACGGUCCAGAGGUCCUAGGGGCGUUGUACGACACCUGGGUCAACGUCAGCAAUACGGCAGCUCUGGUCCCCGGAGUCAUUGCCAGCAUCGCAUUCCAGCCCAUGCCUAAGCGGAUCGCCCAGCUUUCGAAGCAGAAGGGCGGCGACCUGCUCGACCUGGACGACAGCGUGGACCGCAUCAUCAUGGAGCUCGACUACAGCUUCCUGUUCAACAGCGACUACGCCAAAAUCGACCAGACCAUGCAGGACACGUACAACGGGCUGAAAGACCACGUCACGGGCUUCCAGGAGCAAGGGAAGCUGGCCAGCGAUGUGUACCUUCCCCUGUUCAUGAACGACGGGUUUUACCGCCAGGAUUACUUUGGCCGGCUGCGGCCCGAGAAGAAGGCCUUGGCUAGCGAGGUGCGAGACCAGUUGGACCCCGAUGGGCUGUGGAGAGACAGGACGGGAGGCUUCAAGAUUCUAUAG